GAUCCUACCGAAGCUAAGAAGCAAGAUACAUGGCGUCCCAAGGCCAUUCUAUUGUUGCUGUCGUGUUCGUUGACAGAUGCUGCCAACUCUUCCACAUACAGCGGCAUCGGAGGGAAGAGGCUGUACAGAAUGUGAAAGUGCAGCUGCCAGCCAUUCCCAGGAUUAUUGAGAGCAAGAGUAUAUGGCAGCUAGCAUAUGAAUUUAGAAGCUGCAGAUGCUCCCCGCAGCAGCCUGGUACAUCAUGGCCUUGCUCUUUGACUCUGUUUGUUUUGUGGCAUGUAGACGUACGGUUGCUGGAUUUUAGUCGAAACCCUAUGAUGAUUUUAGUCAAAACCAUCAGGUUUUGGUCUUGUAGGAGGAUAUCAUGGAGGAUUAAAUGACGGACCAGGUAGCUGGGACCGGAAACUUCCUCCCUCAGUGGCAAUAUAUGCGGAAAGCUGUCCUGGCUCGUGUAGUGGUCCUGCUCCUGCUGUGCUGGACAGAGGCGGGCUGGCGUUGCAGCUUCCUUUUGAGCAUUGUUUGAUUAUGUCCGGCGAGGCUUGUGAACUGUACUAUGAAUUAUUUAUGUAUGUUGUGUAUGUACGACAAAGAACAGAUGUCAUGCCGAAAUUUUUAGUACUCCCGCGAAUAAACCUUGAAUUCAUAUUUAGCUAAGAAAAGGAGAGGAAGUUCUCAAA